CUCCGGAUCCCGGCCAUGGCCUCGGGCGGCAGCGGCGGCCGGCGGGGCCGGGAGGAGGACGAGCUGCCCGUGUACCUGGCGCGGCCGGGCACCACGGCCCAGGUCCCCCGGCAGAAGUACGGCGGCAUGUUCUGCAGCGUGGAGGGCGCCUUCGAGAGCAAGACGCUGGACUUCGGGGCCCUGAGCGUGGGGCAGCGCGGAGCCCGGGCCAGCCGGCCACCGCAGCCGGCGGCGCCCGAGCCCGAGCCCCCGCGGGAGCCCCCCGCCGCCGCCGGGGUGGAGAUCCGGAGCGGCUCGGACAAGGAGCGGCUGCAGAACCUCGGCCCCCAGCCGGACAAGAGUGAUCGUCUUCUUAUUAAAGGAGGCAGAAUAGUCAAUGAUGACCAGUCGUUCUAUGCUGACAUUUACAUGGAGGAUGGUCUCAUAAAGCAAAUUGGAGACAAUCUAAUCGUCCCUGGAGGAGUUAAAACUAUAGAAGCCAAUGGGAAGAUGGUGAUCCCUGGAGGAAUCGAUGUCCACACUCACUUGCAGAUGCCAUACAAGGGGAUGACCGCUGUGGAUGACUUCUUCCAGGGAACAAAAGCAGCCCUGGCUGGCGGAACCACCAUGAUCAUUGACCAUGUGAUCCCUGAGCCAGAGGGCAGCCUGACAGACGCCUAUGAGAAGUGGCGAGAGUGGGCUGAUGGGAAGACCUGCUGUGACUACUCCCUGCAUGUGGACAUCACCCACUGGAAUGACAGUGUCAAACAGGAAGUACAGAUGCUCAUCAAAGAAAAAGGAGUUAACUCCUUCAUGGUUUACAUGGCCUACAAGGAUUUGUACCAGAUGUCAAACACAGAGCUGUAUGAGAUAUUUAGCUGCCUGGGAGAUCUAGGUGCAAUAGCUCAAGUUCAUGCCGAAAAUGGGGAUAUCAUUGAACAGGAACAAACCAGGAUGCUGGAGAUGGGAAUAACUGGCCCAGAGGGCCAUGUGCUGAGUAGACCAGAGGAGCUGGAGGCAGAAGCCGUCUUCCGCGCCAUCACCAUUGCUAGCCAGACCAACUGCCCUCUGUAUGUGACCAAAGUGAUGAGCAAGAGUGCUGCUGACAUCAUCUCGCAAGCCAGGAAAAAAGGGAAUGUGGUGUUUGGUGAGCCUAUCACAGCCAGCCUGGGCACGGACGGGACACACUAUUGGAGCAAGAAUUGGGCUAAGGCUGCUGCAUUUGUGACCUCUCCACCUUUGAGUCCAGAUCCAACAACCCCCGACUACAUCAACUCCUUACUGGCCAGCGGCGACCUGCAGCUUUCGGGGAGUGCUCACUGCACAUUCAGCACUGCACAGAAGGCGAUUGGGAAGGACAACUUCACAGGAAUCCCGGAAGGGACCAAUGGCAUCGAGGAGCGGAUGUCCGUCAUCUGGGACAAGGCAGUGGCCACGGGGAAGAUGGACGAAAACCAGUUUGUGGCAGUGACGAGCACCAAUGCUGCCAAGAUCUUCAACAUGUAUCCACGGAAAGGGAGAAUAGCGGUGGGGUCGGACAGUGACCUGGUCAUAUGGGAUCCUGAUGCAGUGAAGAUUGUCUCAGCUAAAAGCCACCAGUCGGCAGCUGAAUACAACAUCUUUGAAGGAAUGGAGUUGCGUGGGGCUCCGCUGGUCGUCAUAUGCCAGGGGAAGAUCAUGCUGGAGGAUGGCAACCUGCAUGUGACACAGGGAGCUGGGCGCUUCAUUCCCUGCGGUCCUUUCCCAGACUAUGUCUACAAGCGCAUUAAAGCCAGGAGGAAGAUGGCUGAGAUGCACGCCGUGCCCAGAGGAAUGUAUGACGGGCCCGUGUUCGAUUUGACAGCCACGCCUAAAGGUGGUACUCCUGCAGGCUCCACCAGGGGAUCCCCCACCCGACAGACGCCUCCCGUCAGGAAUCUCCAUCAAUCUGGAUUCAGCCUGUCAGGUACCCAGGUCGACGAAGGUGUUCGUUCAGCAAGCAAGCGAAUUGUAGCGCCCCCCGGAGGCCGCUCCAAUAUAACCUCCCUGAGUUAAGCACCCAAGCGGGGAAGGAAACACCAAUAUUCAAGGGG